AUGGCGGGAAUCGCACCGGGCUGCCCGAAACUGGAAAAGCUGAAAUGGGCUCUUGACGUCACUGGAGCUCAACUCCCGCUAUGCGCGCUCGGUUCUCUCCUACACACAACAGCCGGCGCUACCCCCCGUGCACCUCCUCCCCUCACUGCAGUCCCUCUCUCUCUCCUCUAUGUUCCCUCGGACUACCUCUCCAUUCCCCGCUGCUCCUCCCUCACCUCUCUCACCCUUUGGGCUCCCAAAUCCUCCACACUCUCCUCCCUUGCCUUCUCCUCCUCCCCUCUUCUCUCUUCCCCCUCCUCCCCUCUCUCCUCCUCCUCGUCCUCCCCCCUUGCUUCCUCUCCCCCAUCCCCUCUCCGCACGUCUCUCUCAUCUCUCACCAUCCAUUCCGCCAAACUUCAGGGCUCUCUCGCAUCCCUCGCCUUCUUCCCCUCCCUCUCCUCCCUCUCCCUCCACUCCUGCACCGUCGACCCUUACGAACUCCGCUCUCUCUCGCGCUCCCUUCACUCCCUCACCAACCUCACCAUCCACUCCUGCCCACUCGUCUCCUCCCACUCCAUCACACCCAUUCUCCAAGCCAACCCUGCUCUCUCCUCCCUCUCCCUCCACGGCACCACCUACCGUCUGUUCGGCGCACAGAGCUUCCGCUCCCUUCUCUCUCACUCCUCCUCCCAACUCCACUCCCUCCACCUCGCUGGUCUACCCUCCUUCCGCCCGGGCUUGCUUGCAGCAUGCAGUGCCCUGCGGUCGCUCAGCCUGGAAGGGGUGGUUGGAUCCUUGGACUCGUUGUUGCCAGGGGCUGUGUCACUGGACAGCCUUGUAGGCCUGCUUGUUCAGGUGGAGCGGAGAGGAGGAGGCGCAGGAUGGGAGGCAGGAGGGCACGGAGGAGCGGACGGGCGGGAGAGAGGACAAACAAGUACUCCUUCAGCAGCUGCACCGGUAUUACCAAGGGGGGGCAACACGCAGUGGGGCAAGUACGUGGAUAUUCGCAGAGAGGGAGAGGCAGCACAGGCGGACAAGCUCGCAGCGGUGAGAGACGUUAUUGAUUUCUUGGCAAUUGCUGAGGAAACCCAUGAUGCUGCUUUUGCCGAGGCCAAUCAGAUGGUGCGAGCUGUAGGCGAGAGUGCUAUGGCUCGGAUCGCUGCGAGACUCGGAAAUAUCAGGUUUGGGAUCUCAGUGUGCCGGUCCUUCUCUGCCUCGGUCCGUGAGUCCAAUGCGGCUAUGGAGUGGGAGGAAAAACUUAUGAGGUCCUUUGACGCUGCUACUGCUUCUUCUUCUUCUGCUACUGCUGCUGCUCCUGCCGCUCCUGCUGCUAACUCCAAUGUAGCUGCUGCUGCCGCUGGUCCAGUGGCGUGGUUCUUUUCUUCAGAGCUGGAUUCUGGAGAAGAGGUCAGGGAUGGGGAGGAGGAAGAAGUAGUUGAAAUCAUGGAUGGCACGCUGGCUGAUGAAUCCUUUCCUGAGAGUGUGCUGGGUGGGUUGCGGUCUGGUGCGGUGGAUACACGUGAAGCGGCUCUGAACAGGCUGCAAGAGAUGGUACGCCAGCUGAUGGUCGCCAUGCGUGCCGUGUAUGCUAGCUUCCGGCUCAUGCGCCCACUCCUCUCUGAUCCCAGGGAUGCUCCUGGAGGAUCAGGGGCGGAUGGUGGAGCAGCAGCCGCAGCAGCAGCAGCAGCAAAUGGAAGAGUAGCAGUGAAUAGAGUGGUGGGAGGAGGGGGGGCAGAAGCAUUGCAGCAGGCGGGAAACGCACUAGAAGGUCGAGGGCCAGCGGAGGUGGCGGCAGGAGAGGUCGCAGCAGGGGAGGUGGCAGCAGGGGAGGUGGCAGCAGGGGAGUUUGCAGCAGGGGAGGUGGCAGCAGGGGAGGUGGCAGCAGGGGAGGUUGCAGCAGGGGGGGCGGCAGUAGGGGAGGCGGCAGUAGGGGAGGUGGCAGCAGGGGAGGUGGCAGCAGGGGAGGUGGCAGCAGGGGAGGUGGCAGCAGGGGAGGUGGAAGCAGGGGAGGUGGCAGCAGGGGAGGUGGCAGCAGGGGAGGUGGCAGCAGGGGAGGUGGCAGCAGCAGGGGAGGUGGCAGCAGGGGAGGUGGCAGCAGGGGAGGUGGAAGCAGGGGAGGUGGCAGCAGGGGAGGUGGCAGCAGGGGAGGUGGCAUGGCAGCAGGGGAGCACUCGGCCAAUGUCCUUUCAGUCCAUUGCUCGAGCUGCUGUUUUUGGACAGUUGAAGCGGCUCCAUGUGGUGCGCUGCUUGGGGUUGGAGGAGCAGGAUUGGCUCCAGCUGCUUGCUGCAUGUGCUAAGUUGGAGCAGCUGAGGGUGGAACAAGAUGACACAUUCUCAGAUGCAGUUGUGGCGAGAAGCAGACUGCAAACACUCGCUAGUUGGACUGUGGUCAUGUGUGAGAAGAUUACGGCAGCAAGCAUUGGAGGGGUGCUAGGAAGCUUCCCUAUCAACGCCAUGGACAAUCAAAAGCAGCAUCCCCCGCUACCCCCCACUAAAAUCACAGCACCUGACGGAUCCGCCGCUUCCGGCGCUGACACUGCUUCCGACGACGCGGGAAUAAAGAUGGUUCUCCCCAACAUUAGUUUCUCCAUGCGUCAACCCACCAUCGGCGCAACUGGCGCUCCGCCUGGCGGAGACACCCCCGGCGGGCCUUCCCCCCAUCGCGGCCCAACCCCCGCGCUUCCCCCCUAUCCCCCGCCGUCCAAUGAGGGUUACCCUUCUGACGGAAGAUACCCGCCGGAUUCUUCGCCGUGCUCCACGGGGCUCGGUGCGCUUAGCAUCGGCGGGGACGGUGGAGACAUGCACGGGGAUGCGCGCGGGGAGCACGGGGAACACAGGCAGAAGCGCGGAGAGAUGAUUGGGGGAAGCGGCGGGGGGGGCGGGGGGAGCGGGGAGCAGAAGCGUUGGCCGGGGUGGCCGGGGGAUAUCGUUCUCCGGUUCAUGGUGUGGAUGGGGAAGGUGGGGAGCAUCACAGGGCUGCGCGGGGAGUAUGUGAAGAAGAUCUGUGACGAGACCAAGGCGCGUGUUAAGAUCGUGGAGGGCGCUCCGGGCACUGACGAACGCGUGGUGCUGGUGUCAGGCAGGGAAGACCCUGACUCAGAGCUCCCGCCAGCCAUGGUGGCGAUGCUGCGUGUGCGCCGUCGGAUCGUGGAGGGCGUAUCUGAGGACAAACCACCUCUUGCCGUUUUCCUCCCCCGCCUCCUUUGA